AUGGUCAGCGGUGGAGAGAUGCGUGCUGCUGGAAAACCAGAUAAUAUCACCAGUGUCAGCGUGAGUCUUCUGGAGAAUAAUGUGAUCAGAGCAACCUGUGAGGGACCCAAGAAUGUCUUUGGACGUAAGAGGAGAUACAGAGCAUAUCUUCGUAAUACAGAUGUCAAACUACCUUUGAACGACAACUGUGACUUUGAAUUCAGGGACCUGAGCUACUCUACGAGCUACACAGUGGUGGUGAUUGUUUUCAAUGAAGCGUUUGAGAGCAAUCCCACGACUGGACAAAUUUCCACUAAGUAUAACGACAAAGCUCUCAUUGGUUUUCUGUGCUUCCUCAUCAUCAUCAUCGUAUCUGUUGGGCUGUUCAUGGUGAUCUAUAAGUUCUACGUUAGGAGGAACAGAAAGUCCAGAAGUGGAGUGAAUGACGAUAUGAUGCUUGAAGCAAACGCAAUCUAUAUGAAUGCACGACCUCCUGGAUGGCGUCAUAAAGCAGCUCGCUGAUGAAGGAAGGCCUGAUGGAGCUG